AUGGACUUGUCUCGAGUGGCCGACGAUUUGGGAAAAAUCCGCUUUCAAUUCAAAUGCUUUCAUAAACCUGUGUUUAGUUGGAAAGGCUCAUAUUUUGUGUGUCGAGUGAAGGCCGAGCGCAGCCUAUCCUUCGACCACGGGUUGGAGGGCUCGAUAGCCGAGGACUGCUAUUUCGCGGUCAACGCCUACCGGUGCGGCCAUACGUUUGACUGGAUUGAGGGCCAGAUGUGGGAAGAGUCGCCGUUCACUGUCAGCGACUUCAUUGAGCAAAGGAAACGCUGGAUGCAAGGCAUACAUCUGGUGGUGCACUCGCCUAACCUGCCCCUGAGGUACAAACUGUUUGUGGCCAUGUCUCACUAUGCCUGGGUCACAUCCAUACUUCAUAAAACAUUGUUUGUUGUCCUUUAUUUGAAGCCCCAUUACUCUAAUUAUUGGAUGUCUGUGUUGAAUGCGUUUGUAAAUGCAGUCAUUUUUUAUACGUUUAUUUUCGGUUCUUUAAAGUCGUUUAGUGUCCAGAAAAUAGGUGUCAAACGCUAUUUGUUAUAUGUUUUGGGCUCUAUAUUAGCUGCACCUAUGAGUCUCAUUGUUGAGACAAUAGCAGUGUUUUUAGGUUUUACCACAAAUAAGUAUAUGUUUUAUAUAGUUAAAAAACAAAUGUAA